UUUAAUGUUUCAGCCUGUCCAAGGCAUAUUUUAUUGUAGUCAUCCGUACAAAAUGGUCGUAGUGAACUCGUGUGUAAAAUUUUCCUCUAUUCAUCAAUUGUCGAAUAAAAAUAGAGUGUUUCCUGGAAGUGUCAAUAACAAUUGGAUGAUCAAUCGAGUCAACCGAUGGUUGAUGUGUUGAUAUUCCGUUCGCAUUUGGUUGAGAAAAUUUUUUAUUCUCCAUCUUCUAUACGACAUUGAACGUAACUUCCUGUUUCAAAUAUGAAUAAUUUAAGAGCGACCCUUGACACCAAACUAUUUACCAAAGAUCAACGGUACAAUCGGCCCUGAAACAGAAGGAAAUAACAGGAGAACGAAGAAAUUAGAGAGCUGUAUUUAUUUCAACUUUAACACGUUCGGUUACAAAUAUUUUUUCUGAAGGAAACAAGGAUUAUUGCACCUGAGAAUGAAAUAAUGAGGAAAUUGGGGUUGAACUAUGAGUCCUCACAGUUGUAAACCUGAUGUAGACAGUCUAGACGCAGUCAUGGCAGCAAAUGGCUAUCCACCUUCUGCAUCGCAAUCCGAUGAUUUUCACUCACCACCCUGUGAGUCUGUGAACUCGAUGCCCUGGUUUGGGAUGGAUAUCGGUGGCUCUUUAUGCAAAUUGGUCUAUUUUGAACCAAAAGAUAUUACGAGAGAUGAGGCGGACGCUGAGCUUGAGACUUUGAAAAAUAUAAGAAGAUAUCUGACUAAAAAUUCAGCUUAUGGAAAAACCGGACAUCGGGAUACACAUCUCCAGAUGGACAGCAUCGAAAUUCGAGGAAGGAGGGGAACACUGCAUUUUAUCAGAUUCCCAACCAGUGAAAUGGGAAAUUUUUUGGCACUUGCUAAAUCAAAGGGGAUGGCUAAUCUGGUGACGACAGUCUGUGCCACAGGCGGUGGUGCUUUCAAGUUUGAAGAAAAUUUCAAAAAAGAAGUCAAUAUGAGUCUCGCAAAAUUUGAUGAGCUCGAUAGUCUGAUACGAGGGAUGCUUUAUAUCGAAAUGACAAAUCCUCGUGAGUGCUACUACUGGAGUCAUCCAACUGAGGAUGAACUCUGCCAUAAAGUUCCAUUCGACUUCUCCAAGCCUUAUCCAUUCUUGCUCGUUAAUAUAGGAUCUGGAGUGAGCAUUUUAGUAGUCUAUGGUCCAAAUAACUACAAAAGAAUAUCAGGAACGAGUUUGGGUGGUGGAACUUUUCUCGGGUUGUGUUGCCUUCUCACUGGCUGCAAUAGCUUUGAGGAAGCUAUUCAGCUCGCAACUGGAGGUGAUAACACACGUGUUGAUAAAUUAGUUAAGGAUAUUUAUGGCGGUGAUUACGGACGUUUUGGUCUUCCCGGGGACUUGGUGGCCAGCAGUCUUCUCCAUGUGUGCAGUUUUGGUCAAAUGAACUCGAAGGAUCGCAGGAAUGCCGUCAGCAAGGAAGAUUUAGCACGAGCCACUCUGGUAACAAUUACAAAUAAUAUUGGAUCGAUCGCCCGCAUGUGCGCACUCAAUGAAAAAGUCGAGAGAGUGGUAUUCGUUGGCAACUUUUUGAGAGUCAAUCCCAUAUCCAUGAAAUUAUUAGCUUAUGCCAUGGAUUACUGGUCGAAUGGCACUAUGAAAGCACUAUUUUUAGAACACGAGGGAUAUUUUGGUGCUGUAGGAUGUCUUUUGCAAUUCAAUAAUGAAUGUAGUCAGAUCUAAUGGAAUAUUAUUUUACAAUAAUUACGUUUAGCAUUCCACUUUAAUUUGUUAAUUGAGUGUCCUCCGCGGUUUUUCAAUGGCAGUUAUUUAUUUCCUGUUAAUUUAUCAUAUCUAUUAUAAAUAUGUCCACAAAAACUCUUACAAACAAAGAGCAGAUGAAGAUACAGAGUGAAACAUUGCAGGUGAAUGAUUAUUAGCAUUGUGAUAUUUUACAUUGAGGGCACAAAAUAUUAAGCGGUUUCACUGAUAAAAUAAAAAUAUUGAAAUUGAGGAAAAAGAAA